GCCUUCAGGAAGCCAUGGAAAACAUUAAAUUAGCCGUGGAGCGGGCCAGGAGCGCCUUUAACACCGGCAAAACACGCCCUUUGGAGUUCCGAAUCCAGCAGCUGAAGGCCCUGGAGAAGAUGGUGCGAGAGAAAGAGAAGGCGAUCACAGAGGCCCUCAAAGCAGAUCUUCACAAGAACGCCUUGAACUCCUUCAGCUAUGAGAUCAUGGGUGUGCUGGCGGAGAUCGACUUGGCGGUGUGCAAUCUUCCCAAGUGGGCUGCCCCACAGCCCGUGGAGAAGAACAUCAUGGUGAUGAUGGACGAGGCCUACAUCCACCACGAGCCCCUGGGCGUGGUCCUGACCAUCGGGGCCUGGAACUACCCUUUUGUCCUCGUAAUGCAGCCCUUGGUGGGGGCCAUCGCAGCAGGGAAUGCCGUUGUGAUGAAGCCCUCCGAGAUCAGUGAACACACCGCCAAGCUCAUUGCGGAGUUGGUCCCGCAGUACCUGGACAAGGACCUGUAUCCUGUAGUCACCGGAGGGGUCCCCGAGACGACGGAGCUGCUGAAGCUGAAAUUUGACCACAUCAUCUAUACGGGCAGCAGCCCCGUGGGAAAAAUCGUCAUGGAAGCCGCCUCCAAGCACCUCACGCCUGUCACACUUGAACUGGGCGGGAAGAGCCCCUGUUAUAUCGACAAGGACUGUGACAUUGAUAUCGCUUGCAGACGGGUCACGUGGGGAAAAUACAUGAAUUGUGGCCAGACCUGCAUCGCCCCCGACUAUGUCCUGUGUGACCCGUCCAUCGAAGGCCGGGUAGUGGAGGGCAUCAAAAAGGCCCUGAAGGAAUAUUAUGGCGAGGACAUAAAGAAGUCCCCAGACUACGAAAGGAUAGUGAGCCCGCGGCACUUCAAGAGACUUAUGGGGUUGCUGGAAGGGCAGAAGAUCGCUUAUGGCGGGGAAGCCGAUGAAAGCGCCCGCUUUCUAGCGCCGACCAUCCUCACCGACGUCAAUCCAAACUCUAAGGUCAUGCAGGAGGAGAUCUUUGGCCCCAUCCUCCCUGUCGUCACCGUGAAGAACCUUGAUGAGGCCAUCCAGUUCAUCAACCACCGGGACAAGCCGUUGGCCCUGUACGUCUUCGCCAAAGACAAGGCGAUCAUCAAAAGGAUGAUUACCGAGACCUCCAGCGGAGGCGUGACGGCCAACGAUGUCCUCAUGCAUUUUACACUUCACAGCCUGCCGUUUGGCGGGGUCGGUAACAGCGGGAUGGGGGCCUACCACGGCCACUUCAGCUUCCAGACCUUCUCCCACCAGCGCUCCUGCCUCGUCAGGGCCCUCAACAUGGAGGCCGUCAACAAGCUCCGCUACCCGCCUAGCAGCCAGAAAAAGGUGGACUGGGCCAAGUUCUUCGUCAUGAAGCGGUGCGGCAAAAGCAAGGUCGGGCUAGUUGUCUUCGCCGUUCUAGGAGUCCUCUUGGCUGUUGCCAUAAAGAACCGCCACUCUGUGCUGGGGCUUAAGCGCCUGGCGGUCGCCUUGGCGGGGCAGAGGCUGUGGAGGCUCAGUGGGGGCUGCCGCAAUCCCUAA